GUAGCAAUUUUUCUGGCAUUUAGGUUUUGCUGUCCCAGCAUUGACUGCGUAGUGGUGACGUAUGACGAUGUCAGCGGUUGCGGAAACGAAGUGGAAGCUGGUGAUAGGGGUUCAGUAACUGUACAGCUACCUCGCAUGACUCAAGAACCGGGUUUUGUUGUUUUGUACAAGCUUCAGUGGUGCACCUGCGUUUUCACACAGUCUGGUUGAGAAGUUAUUUAUCAUGUCGCUUUUUCAGUCGGCAUUGGAUUUUUUGUCAGGUCCUGGAUCACUGGGGGCAGCAAGCCGGGAUCAGAAUGACUUCGUGGGCCAGACGGUGGAGAUGGGGGAUAUGAAACUGCGGAUCAAGCGGGUUAUUGCAGAAGGUGGCUUUGCAUUCGUCUAUGAAGCUCAGGAUCUUGGUAGUAGCAAAGAUUAUGCUUUAAAGAGACUACUUUCUAAUGAAGAAGAAAAAAACAAGGCAAUCAUACAGGAAGUUUGUUUUAUGAAAAAACUUUCAGGUCAUCCGAAUAUUGUCCAGUUCUCUUCUGCUGCUUCUAUAGGAAAGGAAGAGUCUGACACUGGCCAAGCAGAGUACCUGCUUUUGACAGAACUUUGUAAAGGCCAACUGGUAGAUUUUAUGAAGAAAGCUGAACUAAAAGGUGAUUUGUCUUGUGAUACUGUACUUAAAAUUUUUUACCAGACUUGCAGAGCAGUACAGCAUAUGCACAAACAGAAACCACCUAUUAUUCAUCGAGACUUGAAAAUAGAGAAUUUGUUGAUUAGUAAUCAAGGAACCAUUAAACUGUGCGAUUUUGGCAGUGCCACAACAGUAACACAUUACCCAGAUUACAGCUGGUCGGCCCAAAAGAGGGCACUUGUAGAGGAGGAGAUCACAAGAAACACUACACCUAUGUACAGAACGCCGGAAAUGAUCGAUCUCUACUCAAAUUUCCCAAUCAAUGAGAAGCAAGACAUGUGGGCUCUAGGAUGCAUCUUGUAUCUGAUGUGCUUCAGACAACAUCCAUUUGAAGAUGGAGCUAAGCUUCGAAUAGUUAAUGGAAAAUACAGCAUUCCACAGAAUGAUAACAGAUAUACAGUUUUUCAUGAUUUGAUAGGUUCUUUGCUAAAGGUAAACCCAGAGGAAAGGCUAUUAAUUACUGAGCUGGUAAAUCAACUACAAGAAAUUGCUGCUGCCAGGAAUGUUAACCCUAAGUCUCCUGUCACAGAGCUCCUGGAACAGAACGGCGGUUAUGGAAACAAUGCUCAACCCAGGCAAUUUGUGAAUGCAGCUCCCCAAGGCAUGAACAAUUUGUAUAAUGCAGGCCUUUCAUCGACCACAGAUGGUGACCAGGCAUACAGUGGAGGCUUUCUUGAUAUCCUUAAAGGAGGAACUGAACGUUUUCUGAGUAACAUUAAGGAUACCUCCUCUAAAGUAAUACAGUCUGUAGCCAAUUAUGCAAAGGGAGAUUUGGACAUAUCCUACAUCACUUCAAGAAUAGCUGUAAUGUCCUUUCCUGCUGAAGGAGUUGAAUCUGCAAUCAAAAACAACAUAGAAGAUGUGAGGUUGUUUCUAGAUUCUCGUCACCCUGGGCACUAUGCAGUAUAUAACUUAUCACAAAGAACGUACAGAGCUACCAGGUUUCAUAACAGGGUAUCUGAAUGUGGCUGGCAAGCAAGACGUGCACCUAAUCUUCAGAACCUUUAUAGCAUCUGUAAAAAUAUGCAUCUGUGGUUAAAGCAGGACCAGAAAAACAUUUGUGUUGUACACUGUCUUGAUGGUCGAGCUGCAUCUGCUGUUGUUGUCUGUUCGUUCCUCUGUUUUUGUCGAUUGUUUACCACAGCUGAAGCUGCUGUUUACAUGUUUAGCAUGAAACGAUGUCCACCUGGCAUAUGGCCUUCACAUAAAAGGUACAUAGAGUAUAUGUGUGAUAUGAUGGCAGAAGAGCCCAUAAUUCCCCACUGCAAGCAAAUACUUAUUAAGUCUGUUGUCCUAACUCCAGUUCCCCUUUUCAACAAACAGCGUAAUGGUUGUCGCCCUUUCUGUGAAGUGUAUGUGGGGGAUGACAGAGUAGCAACUACGUCACAGGAAUAUGACAGAAUGAGGGAUUUCAAAAUUGAAGAUGGAAAAGCAGUGAUUCCUUUGGGAAUAACAGUUCAAGGUGACGUCUUACUUGUAAUCUACCAUGCAAGAGCCACUUUAGGAGGAAGACUGCAAGCAAAGAUGGCAUCAAUGAAGAUGUUCCAAAUUCAGUUCCAUACAGGAUUUGUACCGCGAAAUGCUACAACUGUCAAAUUCGCAAAAUAUGAUCUGGAUGCAUGUGAUAUCCAAGAGAAGUAUCCAGAUUUAUUCCAGGUUAACCUGGAGGUAGAAGUUGAAUCAAGAGACAAGUCUACUAACAAGACCCCACCAUGGGAAAACCUGAACAUCAAGGGGCUGAAUCCGAAGAUCCUCUUCUCCAGCCGUGAAGAACAGCAAGAGAUUUUAUCUAAGUUUGGUAAACCAGAACUGCCAAGGCAACCUGGGUCAACGGCCCAGUAUGAAGCUGAAUCCUCCAGGAUGGACCACAUGCAGGAUCAUACAAGUGCCAGUCCAGAAUCCCCUCAGACUAGUGAUGCAAGUAAUAACAACUUCUUUCACACACUUGAAUGGCAAGAAAAAAACACAGAAGCUGAAUCUGUGAAUCACAUAGCCAAAGAAGAUUGUUCCGGUCUGAUGGAUGAUAGGGAUGACAGUGAACCCUCAGAUGAUGAUUUUGCAGACUUUUCCAGUGAGCGCAGUACAGUAAAAAGAGAAAGUUCAGAAAUUCCAGUUAAUGCAGACCAAGAGAACUCUCCAGAUUUGUUCUUUAAAGCAGAUUUUGGGACACCUGUUUCUCAACCCACAGAAGAAAGACAGGAAGAAUGUGCUGACUUGUUAGGUCUCGACUCCAGUGACCAGUCACAGCAGGUCUCUUCCAGUACAGGAAUGAAGGCUUCUUCUAGCAAUGCAGACCUGUUGAACGAUCUGUUUAAUGAGGGCACUUCACAAGUUUCCGAGGACAUAGCAGCUGGAGACUUACUUGGAGGAGGAGAGAAUGAGUUUUUCUUUAAUACUACCUCCAAUCUUAAUGGAAAUUCAGAAAGUGUUCAGUCAGCUGCAUCUACAUCUGGCGAUCCUUUUGAUCCUUUUGCAACGUCAGCAGCAUCAGGGAGUAAUUCACAGUCUGGCCCAGAUCUCUUUGGGAGUUUUAUGAAUACAAAUCCUACACCUGUAACCACUGCUUCAACUUCGGUAAACAGCCCCCCUCCUCCAUCUUCCAGUUCUGAUGUCUUCAAACUUGCCAGUACGUCAUCGGGCCUUCAUAAAAUGACUUCUUCAGCUAGUCAGCCUGACCUUUUGAGUGGCUGGGAUUCUUGGUCUUCUUCAAACACUAGUUCCACUCCACCACUUCAUACCAGAAAAACAACUCCUGAUGGCUCUGCUACUUCAAUGGAUCCCUCAUCAGCUACUCAAUCAAACACAUCCUUCAGCCAUUCAAAGUCUCAGAGAUUUGACCCAUUUGCUGAUCUUGGAAAUCUUGGUUCUACACUUCAGGGUUCAGCAAGUGGUGGAUUCAGUCAAAAAGGGACUCCAGCCAAUACUGGAUCAGGUCAGCGGCAGACAAACAGACCAGCAAAUGCCGGUAUGUCAUGGCAGCAGAAUCAGCCAAAGACACAACAGUCCAAACCCUCAGUUCAGGGAAAACCUAGCUAUAGUGUAAAUUCCAGUGUUAUUGGAGGAAGAGAAGAGAGAGGCAUUCGAGCACCUGGCUUUGGCCCUAAACCAAAGGUUUCUGAGGAUGACUUUCAGGACUUACUAUCACAGCAAGGCUUUUCUUCAAGACUGGAUAAAAAAGGACCAAAGACAAUUGCAGAAAUGCGAAAGCAAGAUCUAAUUAAAGAUAUGGAUCCCCAGAAGCUAAAGAUCCUAGAAUGGAUAGAGGGGAAAGAGAGGAAUAUAAGAGCACUAAUGUCCACUAUGCAUACAGUGUUGUGGGAAGGUGAAACUCGAUGGAAGCCAGUAAAUAUGUCAGAUCUUGUAACCUCAGACCACGUAAAGAAGUAUUAUAGAAAGGCAGUACUUGUGGUUCAUCCAGAUAAGGCUGCUGGACAACCGUACGAGCAGUAUGCCAAAAUGAUCUUCAUGGAGCUGAACGAUGCAUGGUCCGAAUUUGAAAACCAGGGAUCAAAGUCACUGUUUUAAAGCAGUUGCAUACUCCUGACAGAAAGUAACAGCUUUUUGACAUUGGUUGUUGUGAACAGCUUCUGUCUUACUCUUUAAGAACUAAAUACACCCAUUGUCUAGGUUAAAGAGUGGUGUUCAGGAGAGGAAAGUAAUUUAGAACAUCUUAGUUGGAUGUACUUGUGAGAUUGACAUUUCAGAAUGCCAUGUAGUAAUGCAGAUGCACACCGAGCAUUGCUACCAGACUACUACUCCAUAAAUUAGAAAUGUUCUGCAUUCCAUAUGUGAUGCUGCCUUGUGCAAAACAAACCAGAUUUCAGUUUUUAAGUGAUCAUGUUGCUUCCAAAUGGAUUAAAAUAUUAGUUAAUAAACUGGAGUUAUAUUUAUUGCUGCUUAUUAUACAACACUGUUACAAUACGCAAAAUAAUUCUAUAAAGGGAGGACUUCAGGUUUACAAAAAUCGUAACAGUACAUGGUAUUUUGCUGUAUUAAGCAAGAGCAGUGUGUUGGAGAAAAAAAUAUAUAUUUGUGUUAUUUAAUGAAAGUGGUUUUUACCUUUAAAUUGUUUGAUGCUUACUGAUCUCUCUUGCUUUUAGCUCAGUACUGAAACAGAAUUAUUUUGCGUCUGUGUUGCAUAUAGAGCUUUUAGCUCCUAUGCAGUGUAUUUGUAUGAUGUGAAUAAUGAGGAGAUUAAGGGUCCAAAUCAUAUGCACACUGUUUUGUAACAGAUGUGUACUUUGUAUUUGCUGCAUUAUUUGCAGAUACCAGUCUUUUUAUUCUUAAGAUGCUAAGCCUCAGUAUUCCAACCUGGGUUUUUCAGGGGAAGGUAUCCCUGUAUCUUUGGAACUGGGAAUCACAGUUGCACUGUCUUUUAUUUGGUGAUAUGAACUCAUUCCAGUAGGCCCAAACAAAAAAAAAAUGAAUGUAUUUCUGGACAUGCCAGAAACUGCAGCAUCCCUAGGUAAGACCAAUAUUCUAACUGACUUCUCUCCAAAACUGAGGGCAGACUUCUUGUGUUAUGCCUUAGAGUGUAAGUUACCUUUAAUUAGCUGUAUGUUAAAUUAUAACAAAUUGGUUUUAUUCCUGUAAACCCUAUGCUUCACUUCCUCGUCCUUCAGUUGGUUAUUUCAUAGAGAAAAGGAGAUGUAUAUUAAUAUAUUGCUUGAACAGUGAUAUUUACAGAAAGAUGUGUUUAAAUUAUUUUUUAAACUCUUUUGAGCAGCUGUUAUAUGUGCUAUGGGUUAUGUAUUAGCCCUUUAUUAAACAUACUUUGUAUAUGAUUUGCAUUAAAAUGUGUGCUGCCA